AUGCGAUACAGUCUACUCCUAGCAAUCAUUAUUGGGACGUUGAAAUUUAAUGACGCUUUACGGAUUCUAGUCUUCUUUCCUAUUUCAUCAAAGAGUCACAGUAUAUUGGGGUAUGCAGCAGUGGACCAUCUACUGAAGGCUGGUCAUGAGGUGGUGCAUAUAACCUCAUUCCCUAGGGAAACCCUUAACCCAAAUUACACAAGAGUGAUCGAUGUAUCAGAAGUUGGUCGACAAACAAAAUCAGCUACAUUAAACAACAAAGAGGGCUACACAAUCGGAUCACAAACAACACGAAAGCUUGGGUUCAAGGACGCACUUCUUUUCACUUAUGAAACCCACCGACGAACAUUUGAUCAUCCAGAAGUAAUUGAACUCUUAAGCGACCCAAAUGAGAGGUUCGACGCUGUCAUCGCAGAUUGGGUCCACUCGGAUUACGUGAUGGGGAUUGCUCCGUUGCUCCAAACACAUUUAAUCUGGCUGGGAACAACUGACGCCUACUGGGAAAUACUACAAUUGAUAGACGGGAUACCAAAUCCAGCUGUUUACAUUGACCUGUACUCAAAUAAUGUAACACCGUUAAGCUUCUGGAAUAGAGCAAAGGAACUUUACUAUGUCAUAGAAAGGUGUAUUUUUAGAAGCCUCUGGAUAACUCCAAAUGAGAAAGCCAGCUACUACAACCAAUUUGGAGCAAUGGCAAAGAAACGUGGUGUUGUAAUGCCUUCAUAUGAAGAUGCCCAUUAUAACGCAUCACUCAUGUUUCUAAAUACGCAUCCUACCCUUGGAACACCUUUCAAACUGCCACAAAACGCUAAAUGCAUAGCUGGUUAUCACAUUAGUGAACAUAUACCGCCACUACCUCAGGAAUUCCAAAAAAUCAUGGACAACGCUAAACAUGGAGUAAUAUACUUCAGCAUGGGCUCAAAUCUACGAAGCAUGGACAUGACUGCCUUUAUGAAAACAUCUAUAAUGAAUAUGUUCGGACAAUUGAACGAAACUGUAAUAUGGAAAUAUGAGAGUGAUUGGGAUAACAUCCCAAGUAACGUACACUUGGUAAAAUGGGCGCCUCAGCAGAGUAUAUUAGCGCACCCAAACUUAAAACUCUUUAUCACCCAUGGUGGUCAACUAUCAACGAUAGAAGCCAUACAUUUCGGAGUACCAAUCAUAAGUAUACCGGUGUGUGGCGACCAGAUGAUGAACUCUGUGACUUUGAAGAAUAAAGGCUAUGGCAUAUCAGUCGACUUAAGUAGGACAAGAUUGGCAUCUGAUCUUCUAGCAGCUAUAAAUACAAUGAACGCUAAUCCAAAAUAUAAAAUGAAAGCAAAAGCACUAUCAGAGGCAUUUCUCACCCGACAACAAAACCCAGGUGAAGAGCUGGUCUUUUGGGUGGAGUAUGUCGUUAAAACAGGAGGAGCAACAUUCUUACGGUCUCCAGCUUUGUCUAUACCAAUUUACAAGAAACUAUACUUAGAUUUAAUUGCAUUAAUAUUAAUAUGUCAUUAUGUACUAAAAAAGUAUGUGUGGGUAGCUUUUAAACUUCGUAUCUGUAGUAAAGUAAUUGAUAAAAAGAAAAAGCUAAAGUAG